AUGGGGGAGAAGAAGACCUCGGAGGUGGGGCUGGUCCAUCCAUCCAUCCAUCCAUUAUCUAUCAAUCCAUCCAUCCAUCAUCCAUCCAUCCAUCCAUCCAUAUUUAAAGCCUCUCUUUAUGUUCAAAGGGACGAGAGGACGGGGGUCCUGAAGCUGAGCAACCUGAGCGCCAACAUGUCCGGGAAGUACGUUUGCACGGCCAGCAACUCGGCCGGGGCCGAGUCCUGCGACAUCAGCCUGGACAUCAGCACCUGUAGGGUGGGGAUGAUCGUCGGGGCGACGGUGGGCUCCGUGCUGGGCUUCAUCUUCCUCCUCUUCGUCUGCCUGGCCUUCCUCGUGUUCUUCAGGAGGCGGAGAUACGGCGAGGACGACAUGGCCAACGAGAUCAAAGGCGUGACGGUGAGCAGCCCCCAGUUUCAGGGCCGCGUGGGCUUCCUGUCCAAGAUGCCGUCCACGGACGUGUCUCUGUACGUGAACAACACGCGGGAGUCGGACUCGGGCCGCUACGUUUGCCAGGUCAUCUACGCCGACAAGCCGGGGGUCACCGCCGAGCUCACGCUGGACGUCAAGGCCUGUGACUGCAGCCUGGAGGGCUCCCUGACCCGGCUCUGUGACGGGUCCACCGGUCAGUGCCAGUGUCGCCCGGGGGCCUUCGGCCAGCGGUGCGACGGCUGCCAGCGCGGCCACUGGGGCUUCCCCAGCUGCCGGCCAUGCCGCUGCAACGGGCACGCCGACCUCUGCCAGCAGCGCACGGGCGCCUGCAUCGGCUGCAGGGACAAUACCGGGGGGGACAGCUGCGAGAGGUGUGCCAAUGGUUACUAUGGUAAUCCCGUUUUGGGCUUAGCCUCCGGGGGUCAGUGCCGACCGUGUCCCUGUCCAGAUGGACCCGACAGCGGACGCCACUUUGCGGCGUCCUGUUACCAGGACAACCGCAACCGCCAGAUCAUCUGCAACUGCAACCAGGGCUACACAGGUGCCCGUUGUGAGGAAUGCGCCCCUGGCUACUAUGGCAACCCCUCCCAGCCGGGGGGGCGCUGCCAGCCGUGCCAGUGCAACAACAACAUAGACAUGUCGGACAUGGAGGCCUGCGACAGGCAGACCGGAGAGUGCCGGAAAUGCCUGUACAACACGGAGGGGCCGAACUGCGGCAUCUGCCGAAGCGGAUACUUCGGGGACGCGUCAUUACGCAACUGCAGAAAGUGCACGUGUAACUUCCUGGGAACCGAGCGGAGUCAGUGCAUGGAGCGGGAGGACUGCGUGUGCCAGCGGGCCACCGGCCAGUGCCAGUGCCUGCCCAGCGUGGUGGGGCUGACCUGCGACCACUGCGCCCCCGACCACUGGAACCUGGCCGGCGGGCGGGGCUGCGAGGCGUGCGGCUGCCACCCGAACAACUCCGUGACCUCAUCCUGUAACGAGGUGCAGAACACUUCCUGUGUAGAGUCCACAGGGCCCGUUGCCAUGGCGGCCACCAACGCCAAGUGCCAUUGUCGGGGAGGGCCCAAUCAGGACGGAGGACGAUUGUCGCGGCGUCUGUGUAUAGGAGUCGCGGUCGAUUAG